AUGGAUCAUACUGAUAUUAUAGAGGAUAAUGAACAACAUAUCACUCUCAAUAUGAAGACUCAUGCUGCAGACAAAGGAACUUAUAUCUCAGCAGUGUAUGCUAAAUGCACUGCUAAAGAAAGAAGAGAUCUUUGGGACAACAUAGACAACUUGAAUAACUCUUGGGAUGGUCCGUGGUGCAUUGGUGGAGCUUUUAAUGUGAUCAUGAACCCUAAAGAGAAGUGUGGUGGCAAACCUUAUAGAGCAAGUAAGAGCCUGGAUUUUAUCAGUAUUAUGGAGGCUUGUGGUUUUUUGGAUAUUGGUUUCUCUGGACCAAAAUUACUUGUGCAACAAAGCUGGGAAUCUAGAAUAGAAGGCAAUCCAAUAUGGCAUCUCCAGUCCAAGUUUAAGCUUCUAAGUAGGAGACUGUGUCAAUGGUCCAAAGAGAGCAUUGGUGAUAUUAAUGAGGAGAGAAGAAUCAACAAGGGAUAUGCCGAGUAUGUAAGGUGGUUGGGGCUUCAGGAUAAUCUGAUGAGACAAAAAACUCAGACCAACUGGUUCAAAAAAGGUGAUUACAAUUCAAGAUACAUUCAUAGCAUUUUAAGAAACAGAAGAAGAAGGAUUCACCUUCAUAGAAUAAAGAACCACAGAGGAGCUUGGAAUCAAGGAGAAGAGCAAAUCUCUAAAGAUGCUAUUAAACACUUCAAAGGUUUUUUCAAUUUGAAUCAGCAGACAAGUGAUCACAGAAUUCCUAAUUGUAUCCCUACUAUGAUCAAUGAUCAGGAUAAUGAGCAUCUCACUAUUAUUCCAAAUGAGGAGGAAAUUAAGGAGGCAAUUUUCAGUAUGAAUCCUGAAAGCAGUGUAGGACCUGAUAGUUUCAAUGGAAAAUUCUUUCAAUUCUGCUGGAAUAUCAUUAAAAAAGACAUCACUGCCUUUGUCACAGAGUUCUCCAAAGGUAAAAAUCUCACAAAGUUUUUAACUCAUACCUGUUUAGCACUAAUCCCAAAAGUUGAAUCUCCGUCCACCUUUCAAGAAUUCAGGCCCAUUAGUCUUAGUAACUUUACCAAUAAUAUCAUCUCUAAACUAGUGGCUAAGAGACUUAGUCCUCUCUUGUCCAAAUUAGUUUCAGAAAAUCAAAGUGGCUUUAUUUCUAGGAGAUUAAUCACUGAGAAUGUAAUGCUUGCACAAGAAAUUGUGCAUGACAUUGGGAAACACAACAAGGGUGGUAAUAAGGUUAUGAAACUUGAUAUGGCUAAAGCCUAUGAUAGAUUGUCCUGGUCCUUCUUAUUCAAGGUCCUGCAGAGAUUUGGUUUUUGUGAUAAUUGGAUUGACAUGAUUAGAAGAAUUGUUGAUAAUGGAUCAUCUGCUGAGAAAAGAAAAUAUCACCGGAGUUCUUGGGAAAAUCUUUGCUACCCUAAAGAUGAAGGAAGGAUUGGAAUCAGAACCCUUUUUGACAUAUCCAACACUUUAUCCAUCAAAAAAUGGUGGAGACUGAGGACAAAGCAAUCUCUAUGGGCUGAUUUCAUGAAAAAGAAAUAUUUUUCUAACAAACACAUAGUUCAGAAGAAAUGGAUCCCAGGAAAUUCUCAAGGGUGGAAGAAUUUGGUAUGGGCCAGAAACCAUGCUGAAAAGCACAUCAAGUGGAAUAUCAAUGCUGGGAUUUGCAAUUUUUGGUGGGAUACCUGGACCAAACAUGAUCCUUUAGCUAUGAUCCCAUCUGUUAACAGUAAUGGCCUUCUAGCUAAUCUCACUGUUAAAGAAUUUAUGCUUAACAAAGCUUGGUAUGAAAGAAUUCUUUCAUGUAUUCUACCUUCCAAUAGUAUUCAUGAUAUUAAGGACAUAGAAAUUGGUCUUGAAGAUCAAGAUGAUGACCUAGUCUGGAAUUGCACAGAGGAUGGUAUUUACACUAACAAGACUGCCUGGCACAUCAUCAGAAAAAAUAGACAAAAAGAUGAUUUUUUGAACAAUAUUUGGCACAAAGUUAUACCCUUCAAGGUUUCUUUCUUAGUAUGGAGAUUAUAUCAUAAAAAGCUGCCUUUCAAUGAAGCAAUCAACAGACUUAAAAUCUACUCUAAUGAGUGGUGUAAGGAUAAUGGUCUUAACAGGGUUAUUAUUGAGAUGGACUCUAAGAUCAUUUGUGAUAUGAUCAAUAGGAAGACUACUACCAAUAUGAAUCUUAAAAAUUUGAUUCAAAGUACCAGCAGGGGUAAUGACACUGUGGACUUCAAGCAUUGCUUCAGAGAGGCUAACAAGAUUGCUGACUAUCUAGCCAAACUUGCUUCAACCAGUGGUAAUGAAACUAUAUACACUUCAUAUCAUCAACUGCCACAAGAAGUGAAGGGGAUUAAUCCAACUUGA